GCCCGGCUGCCGGGCGUGUGCGGGGCCGGGGCCAUGGCCGCCUGGGCCGCGGUGUCGCCCAGCGUCGUGGAGUACUUCGAGGGCGAGGACUUCUACCGCUGCGGCUAUUGCAAGAACGAGUCGGGCAGUCGCUCCAAUGGCAUGUGGGCGCACUCCCUGACUGCGCGGGACUACCAGGAUCUCAUAGACCGAGGCUGGCGGAGGAGUGGGAAAUACGUGUACAAACCUGUCAUGCAUCAGACAUGCUGUCCUCAGUACACAAUAAGGUGCCGACCUUUACAGUUUCAGCCAUCAAAAUCUCACAAGAAGGUUUUGAAAAAAAUGUUGAAAUUUCUGGCUAAAGGGGAGAUUUCCAGAGGAAACUGUGAGGAUGAGCCCAUGGAUUCUACAAUGGAGGAUGCUGUCGCGGGUGACUUUGCAUUAAUCAAUAAAUUGGAUAUAAAGUGCGACCUUAAAACACUCAGUGACGACUUCAAACAGAGCCUAGAGAGUGAGGAGAAGAAGAAAGGAAAAAAUGUGAAGAAAGAAGAUUCUAAUGAAUUAAUUCAGUCACAAGGCAUAGAGGAGAAGUUGGGCUCUGGUGAACCGUCAUGUUCAGUCAGAGUUCACACAGCACCUAAGCCAGGCAAAGGGGCUGACUUGAGCAAGCCUCCAUGUCGAAAAGCAAAGGAAAUCCGGAAAGAAAGGAAAAGAUUAAAACUCAUGCAGCAAAGCCCUGCUGGAGAGGGCGUCCCGGCUCAAGGUCAGCCGCUGCCCCUGUUCCCACCAAAGGCCAAAUCCAACCAGCCCAAGUCACUUGAAGAGUUAAUUUUUGAAACUUUACCAGAGAACGCAUCACACAAAUUAGAGGUGAGGGUGGUGCGAUCAUCUCCACCAAGUUCCCAGUUCAAAGCCACAUUUCAGGAGUCCUACCAGGUCUAUAAACGAUACCAGAUGGUUAUUCACAAGGACCCACCUGAUAAGCCAACUGUGAGCCAGUUCACAAGAUUCCUCUGCAGUUCCCCCUUGGAGGCAGAGAGCGCCCCUGAUGGACCAGACUGUGGUUAUGGUUCCUUUCACCAGCAGUACUGGUUGGAUGGAAAGAUCAUUGCUGUGGGGGUGAUUGACAUCCUUCCAUCCUGUGUCUCGUCUGUGUAUUUGUACUAUGACCCUGAGUAUUCCUUUCUAUCUUUGGGUGUCUACUCUGCACUAAGAGAGAUUGCUUUCACCAGGCAGCUCCAUGAGAAGGCAUCGCAGCUCAGCUAUUAUUACAUGGGUUUCUACAUCCACUCCUGCCCCAAGAUGAAGUAUAAGGGUCAGUAUAGACCUUCUGACUUGUUGUGUCCUGAGACGUACGUUUGGGUACCCAUAGAGCAAUGCUUACCUUCCCUGGAAACCACCAAGUACUGCCGUUUCAACCAGGACCCAGAAGCAGUGGACGAGGGCCGCAGUAAGGAGCCCGACCGCCUGCAGGUGUUCCACAAGAAGGCCAUCGUGCCCUACGGGGUUUACAGGAGGCAGCGGAAGGACCCGAGCGAGGAGGCCGCCGUGCUGCAGUACGCCAGCCUGGUGGGGCAGGCCUGCUCCGAGCGGAUGCUGCUGUUCAGGAGCUGAGGGCGGCACGGCCGCACCGUAGGCCGUGACUUUCACUGUCUCAUGGCUUUGCUAGAAUAUUUUGUGGCAAUGUAUUUGUGAGGAUCUCAUGGUUCCUAUAAGGAUUUUAAAACUGUGUUAUGACCUAGCCUUAUAAUCAGGGUUUAUCAUUUUGGAAGUUUGUUUCUGGAGCAAGAUAUGCUAAACUUCUCUUGUUGAUAUUUUGGAAAGUAAAAUGAAGAUGUAAAUCCAAGUCCUGUAAUCACAGUUGUGGUUUCUGUGUUCUGUUAAAUUACAACAAAGCCUUCCUCCCGUGCAUUUAGAGCAGUAGUUUAUGCUCUGUGCCCGGAACCCUUCGGUGUGGGCGACAAGGUGGGAAGCCUGCUUGUCUUCCCUGGAGCACAGAGCUGUGCCGUCCCUCCAUGUUCCUGUUGAGUCGCUGCCAGCCUCUUACUCGAUGGUUUCACAGAGAGCGUGGGAAGAAGGGGCAGACGUUCAGAAGGGUCUCGUGCUGGCACUGGGCCAGCCUGUGCAGGGCGUCCUGCUGACCUCUGCUCGCCUCCUGCCGCAGCGGCUAUUCGCACACGCUCCCCAACUGGGACGCUAACACCUGUAAUCCCCUCGUUACGUAUUACAUUUUUCCUCUUUCUAAAAAUCUAAGAAAUGGGAGUUUUUAGAGAACAGUAUUGGUUCCUGCCUUGAUCUAAGCCUCACCCAAAGGAAAUGGACACCAGUUUUCCUCCCUGAGAGCCCAGAGCGCUUGUCUUUGGUCACUGCGGCAUGAGCUGGUGUCUGACUGUUGUAGCUGUGCCAGAGCGCCUGUUUCAGUAAGUGGGGGUCAUGCAGCACACGUGGUCCAGGCAAGGAGGCGGAACCGUGUGUUCCUUGUUUGAUUGGAGAGUCAGAGUUGAUGCUUCCUCUAGUGAUGGGAAGGAGAGGCCGGCCCCUUCUUCCACCAGCUCUGUUGUGGAUCCCUUCGCCCAUUCAGCUUGGGUCACUGUCGGGCUGCAGGGCUGAGCUGGGCUGGGGAGGAGAAUCAGACAUGUCAGUUCUGGGUGCAGUCAGGCAGUGCUGGCGGCACAACACACACCAAUCCCUUGUGCCGCCCGUUUGGCUACCUUAUGUCCGUUUUUCUGUUUUCUAUCACUUACUCUUUCUCAAAGCCAUAUUAUAAAACUUAAUAGUUUGAAUCUCACUACUGAUUUUUCUUUUCUCCACAAUGCACUGAAUUUUGGUGAAACAUUAGAAAAUAACCUUCAAAAAAAAAAAAGCAAAUAACCUUCAGCUAGCUACAAAAAAGGGAAGGAUCAUAAAACAGUUAUUUUAAAAAUCAUAUUUCUACAAAUUCAACAUCCAAGCAGACUCUUAGUCUGUGUGCACGCGUGUGUGAGAGGGAGACAGAGAUGGGGACAGCUGCCGCUUGCCAGGCACUUUGCUAACUGGGGAUGGAUUACUGAGUAAAGCUGUUUACUCUGAUCACAGCGAUUUCACGUUUUUUUUGGAGUUUUGAUUUUUCAAAUAAUUUCCCAAACCAUUUAAGAGACUGACUUGAAACUGCCUUCAGAAUCUAUGAAAUAUUUCUUUUUCCCUCAAAAAUGAAGAUGGCUUCAUUUUAUGAUUAUUAUAAAAGUGAUAUUGUAAGCAAGUAAAGUUAAAAGCGUAAAUAAAGUAGAAAUGUCUCAGGCCCUCCCAGUACUCAGAGAAAGGAAAAGAGAACACACGUGUGCACACGUGUGCUGUUGCUCUCCGUGGAAAUACUCUGCAUGCUGUGCUGUGUCCUGAGCAGUGAGUCAGGAGCAUCCUGAAAUGAGAAGAACUUGGAAGUAAGAGUCUCCCUCACUGACACAGGUAGGAUCAGUCCUUGGUACCCUGGGCCUCUGGCUGUCCAAGUGGCCACCCCCAGCUGGGUGACAGUGCCUCCCACCCUGACCUGCGGCCGGCGUGUGGAGUGGUGUCAUAAAGACCACCGCCCUCGAUGGCACAGGAGGAGAAAACCCGACCCUGACAUCUUCCCACAGCUCUGGUUUCCUCAGCGGCCGGUGGCUCAUCAUCCCUGUUGGGAGUGGCUGCCGUGUCCCUGAGGGUGCCUGCUGUGUCACCCCAUUGAAGCUUCAGAGUGGCCUGGCCUGGAGGGCUUCAGCUCUGUUGUUUUGUUGGAGAGUAGAUAGAUAGCAUAUUGACCCUAGGCGGCGAGGUGUCUUCAGAAGACACUCUUGUUCUGAGUCCUGAGUGAGUGUUGACCUUGGGCCGGAAGGGACAGUCGGGGAAAGGGACCUGACUUUGUUGGUUGACAGAGCCCAGCUGAGAUCAGAUCUUCCAUCAGUGACUUUCACGGACAGUUUGUGUCUUAGGUGGGGGCUUUGCGGUCGCUGCCUUGGUGUCGGGGUCCCCUUCUGAGUCCACGUGAGUUCCCUGCCUCUGUCCUGGGUACAGAGACGCGAUGUUGCUUCCUCAUGCUGCAGUCGUACUUAAAUUAUUUCAGUUCUGUGAGAUUUGCAUUAUUUUUAUUAAAUGUAACCUGAGCACUUUUUUAUAUUCUAAGAGAUACAGGCUAUUAUCAGAUGAGUAUAUUAUUCAUUUGAUUAAAAUUAUUUAGAUAAGAAGUUAUUGUGUAUGUUUGCUUUCAAACAGCCUUCCUAUUUUUCUUCCUUUGUGUGGUCUCUUAUGCAUAGCAGAAUCUAUUAUGGAAAAGAACCUUCCUGAACAGUAUAUGAUUUACUUUAUAGGCAUUAUUUCUGUAUGGAUAAAGGUGGGGGAUAAGUUGAUGAACAGUUAACUAAAGUAUAUCUGUUGUUCACUUAAAGAAGAAAUGCAGUAGAAACAAUUGGAAAUGUUUGAAUUGGGAAUUAUUCCAGUGUGUACUGUUUUCUAAAUGAAAACCAGAGACUCAGAGGCAACGCGGGUUUGAUUGUGGGAGGUUAUUUUCUGCUCCUGUGUAUGAUUUUUCAACAAUCUGUUUGAUAAAGCUUGAACGUACAAAAUAAAGCUGUUUCU